AUGCCAUCCUCCUCGUCCCUUCCCCUGCGCUUUGCCUACACCCGCAAUGCGCAGUGGACACCCCGCGUUUCCCCCUGCCUUGUAGCGGGGCUGCCUAUAGAGGAGCUAGACGCGCACCUGAACUUCCGCCGCGGAUGGACCCUGGGCUUCGUGGACGACGUGGAGGACAAGACGCAGAUCUUACCGUUCCUACGAGCUAACAUGGAUCCCAGCUUGCACAGGAGGAAGCGGAGGGUGCUUGUAGACCUCGGAGCGAAUGAAUUUGAGACAAGUGUCACCUGGUUCCUUCGAAUGUACCCGCUCGAUUUCACCGAGAUUCAUGCAGUGGAAGUGCAAACCGACCUGUUCCAGAAGCCAUCUACACCGCCGCUUGAGGUACCGGCCUAUGAGAUCAACUCUCAAUCUCGCCUGCGUCCGUUCGGCAGGGGCCCUGCAGGCUUCCCUGCAUGGCUGAUGGACCGCGUCCACCCCUACAACUUCUUCAUCUCUUCUCAAGACAACCAAGAAGAGAACGCAACUAACCGGGACCAAUUGAAGGAGCUGCUGGGAUACCCAAACACAAUGAACGUGACGCGGUGGCUGCUAGACGAGCUGCAGCUGACAGAGGAGGACACAGUGAUGGUAAAGAUGGACAUAGAGGGGGCGGAGUGGGCUAGCAUGGUGAACGUGACGCGAUGGCUGUUGGACGAGCUGCAACUAACAGAAGACGACACGGUGAUAGUGAAGAUGGACAUAGAGGGGGCGGAGUGGGCUGUGCUGCACGGGUGGCUGGCCAUCCCUCACAUGCCCGCCAUCGUGGACGAGCUCUUUGUGGAGGUGCACUACCACCACCCCUCCAUGCACGCCUUCACGUGGACGCCAGACAAGUUCAACCGCACUCUAGAUGAGACAACACGGUUGUUGACUGACUUGAGAAGAGCCGGGUUUUAUGUUCACCCUUGGCCUUAG